AUGGCAUCAUCUUCCGCCACGCCCGGGGCAUCUGCCAAGGAGAAUUUCAAGCAGCGUCCCAAGGAAGUGUGCGACGCUCUCUUCAACUCUGUCACCAAUAUUGGAGAAAAGCUCAAGGACAAUGACGCCAAGGCGAAGGAGGCCUUGAAAGCGGCGGUAGACGGGCUCAACAACGCCAGAAACAUGGAUUGGGCAGGCUUCUGCGAGAAUCAAGAAAAUGCAACCCGACUUCAGACCAUGGAGACCGCGGCGGUUGGCAUUGAGAAGACUGCCGGCAAACUCGACACCCUCCUCGACGAUGCGACAGCUGACAAGAAGAAUGAUAUUACAACGAAAGCGAGCUUGAUCAAAUCAAACACCCUUACCUUGGUCAAACAAGUAGAGUUGGCCGGUCUCCAGCGACGCAUUAAGCUCAAAGAACUAGACAACAACGACGGCCUCGUUUCAUAUACCAGCGACGCAGCCGGUAACGAGGAGGAUUCGUCGUGGGGAGAUGUGCGCUACAAGGAGGAGAUCAAGAAGGCUAAUAUCGAUGAUCGCAGUCACGGUGACCGCUUCGAUCACGGGCGUGACGACAGAGAAGAUGGUCCCGCCCUCUAG